UUUGUUUUGUUUAAAUGGGACGUCGCGACUAAGAUCCAGAUCUAAAUUUUUAGUUUGACUAAACAGACAACAAAAUAUGACAGCCAAAUACAAAAGAUAAAAUUAAAUGGUUUUCUAUCGUUUUGAUUUGAAGGACAGAUGGACCAUGGCCUACACUGUGCUUGGACAUUACCACUAAUCUUAUGUAUUCUGUACAACAAACAACAGUUGACAUGUGGCGACCUGAACUGUUACUUGGCUAAUGGUAAAUUAGAUGAAGCCCCUUAUGACAUCAACCUUUUCAAAAAAUACAUUCUAUAUUUCCAAAAUGAUUCCAACUCUCAAGUCCAAACUGGCAGUAACUACUUCCAUGCAGAUCUUCAAGUAAACAUAAACCGACAUUUUUUGAACAGUUUUAAAUUCCAUUACUGUUGCCAGUUAGUUGUGAAACUGAAGACAAGAAGAGAAUGUUUUUUAACUCAUCCUGGCAACACAUUGCUCAGCGUACCUCAACUGACCAGAUUUUUAAAACAGAACUUCAUUGAAUCAGGAGAUAACCAAAUUGUGAAAAAUUUAUGUCAAACAUUUUGGAGGUAUUUUUAUGGGCAAGCAAAUAAUUCACACUCACAUUUUUCUGUCACAAGAGCCCCAGGUGCUGUAAAAUUAUAUAUGUCUUGGUCAGCUCAUUGUCUCCUUAUUACGACCAGGAAUUCAUCAAAUAAAUUAGAGUACUUCACAGAUAAAGACUUCCAGUUCACUAUUAUAAAAAGCAAAGCUUCACGCUAUGUAGUGUCAGAGAAGGGAGAUAAAAAAGUAGGCUUCAAAAAAUGCAGUCAAGGUAACUGUUCUCCAUUACACAGACUAACUCGACAAAUUAUGUGUGAACAAAAUAAGUUUGGACAAAGCUGUCGUCACGAGUGCCAUUGUGCACUGUCAAAGGCAUGCAACACAUCGACAGGGCAUUGUCCAAAUGACUUGUGUAUUUUUGGUUGGCAAUUACCCAACUGCAGUGUCAGAAUCUGUAGCCAUGAUACAUUUCUUGUCUACCCUAAAGAGGAAUGCCGUCCUUGUGGAUGCCAAGGUGGGAGCACCUGCCACAUGCUGACAGGAGAGUGUAUGACCAGCUGCGAGAGUGAAGCCUUUUGUGACAAACAAACCUGCAGAAGGCACACAUACUCUCCCCCCAACUGUAACAAGGACUGCUACUGCACAGCUAGUUCAGAGUGUCACCCUGUGACUGGAGAGUGCCGCACAGAGAGCUGCAGCAUGCCAAAUUUAAACCCGCCAACUUGCAGCACUGACAUGGGCGAUGUCAACAUGUGGGAAACUGCCAGUGCUUUGAUGAUUCUUGCCUCUUUCUUCCUAAUCAAGUUUGUUACCUUUAUAAUCUUUGAUAACAUGUGACAGAAAGCGAGCCCACAGAGGACUUAUUACAUAAAUAGUUGGUCCAUCAUCUGAUGUUAAAGUCAAAACAUUUCUUGGGAUAGAAUAAGAAUCUAAUAAAAGAUCUGUAUUCAAGUUGAUAUUUGUUGCUGAAACUCUACUAGAAUGUUGUGCUAGAAACACAAAAAGAAACAGACGAUUCCUUUUUAAAUCAAUCAUUUAUUUCUAUUUUAAAUCCUCAAAAUUGUAUGCUAGGCUUAGUAAUAAUUAUAGCAAAAUAGUCAUUUAUUAGCAAGGCAGGUAAAAGGGUUGGAAAAAAAAAAUCAAAUUCUAAUGUGGAAAAAAAAAAGACUUUUAAAUUUAAAAAUUACCUAUUUAUUAUUUAUUAAAAAAAAAAAAAAAAAAAAAGUCUCUAAAAAAAAUAAUUAAAACUAACACUAUUGUAUGUAACAGCUUUACUGCUAACAUGAAACUUUUUUUUAAUGACAAUAAUUGUCUACUUAAUGCUGUAGAGCAACAUCCAAAAUUAAUGGGGAAAUGCUGGUACUUUGAAGAUUGAAUAUUUGUAAAAAGGAAACAUUGCUUCUGUCUAUAAGCAGCAAUGAAGACAUUUGGCUGGAAUUAUCUAUGAGUACUAACAGGAUAAACCGUCAAUAAUUUAAAAUUACAAUUUAUGUAUAAAGAGCUGAACCAAAAAAAAAAUAAA